AAUACAAACUAGCUUUAUCCCGAAAAGAACCUCUACAAACACAACAAACACAUGUACAGUAUUUCGUAUGAAAAUUUCCGGGAGAUCGUGUGAACGACGUCAUCCUGACCAUAGAUCCUUGCAGGCGGUGACCCCAGGAACGCCUGACGGAAAUUGCUGCUGCUAAAGUUUUUGGUCGGAAUUUUAGCAAUCCUCGAUUCAAAGUAGCGAGAAUUUUUCACUGUCGAAUGCUCUUGUUUAAAUAAGGCUGGGAUCAUAAAGCUUAACUGUAAGAUAAACAGUAUUUAAAUGACCAGUAUGACAUUGCAGCAUGUGUUAAGUCAUAAAUUAUGACAAGUUCUCAGCUGACUGGAAAAUAAAAUCCUGAUAUCCAAUGAGCUUUUUGUGCUGUAGACUGAUCAGCAGAUCACAGAAAUGGCUGAAACAGUCCUUGGUGGUGUUUAAUAAGCUAAAAAAUAAAGGGUCUUUAUCGCAGUUUUCCUCUGUGGCCUAUGUUUGGGGAGCUGGGGAUGGUGGACAGUUGGGAACUGGUACCCAAGAAUGCGGUCUUCUGCCUAAAAAAUUUCCUGUUCCUAGUGAAGUUUCCCACAUAGGCUGUGGGUAUGGCUUCACAAUAGCAGCUAAAGCAGACAGUCACAGCCUGUGGACAACUGGUCUGAAUUCAUUUUCACAGCUGGCAAGACAGCUGUCAUCUAGCAAUGGACAAGUUGAAUCAGGUCCAUCCACAGUUGAUCUCAGUGUGAAUACAAGUCUAUCAUUGAGAGUUCAGCAGAUUUCCUGUGGAAGAUCACACUCUGCAGUGCUAAUGGACAAUGGUGAAGUGUUGACCUGUGGGGGACACUAUCAUGGACAGUGUGGAGUUGGACAUGUGGCUGGAAGUUCUAUCAAGCAAUUUACAAAGAUACAAAGUCUUGCAGGGAAGAUUAAACAGAUAGCAUGUGGCUUGGACCACACCCUUCUUCUGUGUCAUGAUGGCAGAGUACUGGCCUGUGGUUGGGGUGCAGAUGGACAGAAUGGGCUAGGUCAUUUUAAAGAUGAGGCUACUUUUAACCUUAUCGAAGGAGAACUGAAAGACGUUCGAAUAAAACAAGUCGCUUCUUCAGCAGAUUGCUGUUUGGCUCUGUCAGAUGAAGGAGAAGUAUUUUCUUGGGGAAACAAUGAAUAUGGUCAGCUGGCCGUUGAAAGUGAUGAAGAGCAAUUUGCAGUCCCUAAAAGAGCCUCGUUACUAAAAGGUCUACCAGAGAUCACACACGUGGCUGCUGGUGGCUCGUUCUGUGUUGCCCUCACUGUCACUGGGGAACUCUACAGUUGGGGCUAUGGUGUUCUGGGACAUGGCCGGGAGGUUUCUUUUGCGAAGACGCCGAGAAAAAUUCAAGAGUUUUCCUCCAUCGAUGAAACUGUUACACGAGUGUUUUGCGGCCCCGAUAACACUGCUGUAGUGACAGAUACAGGCGCACUGUAUACCUGGGGGAGAGGAUCAUUUGGAAGACUCGGUCUUGGCUCAAAACAGGAUCAGUGGGUUCCUAAGAAGGUGGGUUUUAAGAGUACACUGUAAAACUAGACUAAUACACUCUUAUUGUAAUGCAAUGAGAGUUUGUUGCCUUGUUUAGUAACGCCGUGCUUGAGAGCUGCGUUGUCAAUCAAUCCCGGCAUUUCUUCGUUGUUUGGGAGACUGUUUUUCUUCGUUAUUAUUAUUAGUUUUUCUUUUUUGAAGAGGGGGAGGGCAGUGGGGCAUGAGUGACGUGUGUUCUUUGCCUUUCCGACUCGUUACAUUUUGAUGCUGCUUGUUACAAAUCACAUACUUCAGUACAGGGAAGAAAUAAUGGGAAAGAAUUUCUGUGAAGCUUCGUCAUUUCAGCAUCUCUGAUAAGAAGAAUAAAGUAAGUCUGAGUUGCCUUCUGCUUGUCUUCUGCUUGUGUUACAAGAAGUCUUUCGUGCGAAACUUCAGUUCAUUUCACUUGAAGAAUUGUUUUAGCUGUACGUUCAUUUUCAUUCAAAUCAAACUCAUUUUCAUGCUAAAC